CUGAAUCAUCAUUUUUGACAUCAGCUGCAGUUUAUGUUUUUCUUGCAGCGAGUAUUUUUCUUUGCGUUCUUCCAGCGUCAACGUAUUCGUCAACUCUAUCGUAUAGUUUUUGUUUUACUACCAAAUCUGUUUGAAUUUGAUUAGUCACUAGUGUGUAGUGAUUGUAGUCCGAAAGAAGCUGAUUCUGGUUGAAAAUAUUCCCAGUUAAAUUUAUCCGCAAUUUGCCCAGCAAAUCCUCAUGUCAUUACGUCAAGCCAUCGCGGGCUUCCAUCACGGGCUUCUGCGCGUCCGCGCCGGAGCCCAUCUCCGUCGGCAGAUCGGGAAUGUGGCCAAGGAGACGCCGCUGCAGGAGGCUCGGGACUUAGCCCGAUUGCGCGGCCAUUCUGCCCCGUUGACGGAAGCCAGUCCCGUCCACGCCACGCGCCUGCUGUCCUUCCCGCGCAGUCUGCGCGAUCUGGUGCAGGGCGUGCUGGCCAUGACGCCCGCCUUGUUGGGACGCAAUCGGGUGGCCACGAUCGCCGGACGGUUUACCGUGGUACGGCCGGGACGUACGCUGGCGCCGUUGAUGGGAUUUAUCGCGGCCAUGCUGCGCGAAAGCCAGACUCCCGAGUUCCGCACACAGGCGGCUUGUGUGGCUGUACGGGAUGAAGCCCACAAAUUCUCGAAAAGCGCCAUGGAAAUCGUCAAGCCCCAUUUCGAUCUGUCAUCGUUCAACAAAAUCUCCGAUUUGGAUUUUGGUCGACCAUUGGGAAAGGGAUGCAAUGCCGCUGUAUACGAAGCGCGCCUGAAAGAAGCCAGCGAAGCAGCUCGUUAUGAUUUGGCGGUGAAAGUGCUCUUCAACUACUCCGUCCAUUCUGACGCGGAUAAUGUGGAGCGAUUAUUCGAGAGUGAAUUGCUGCCGUCGCAGCUCAACCACCUCAACAUCAUCGACGUCUUCAAGGCCUGCGUCGACGAGAUGCCGGCGCUGCCGCAGUGCGAGAAGCUCUUCCCCAGCGCUCUUCCGCGUCAGCUGCACCAGCAGGGACUGGGUCGCACGCAGACCAUGUUCGUUCUCAUGAACAAAUAUUCUUGCACAUUACGGGAUAUGAUCGAAUGCGGUGGCUGUUCGUUCAAGGAAGGCCUGGCCAUCUUCGCGCAGUUGCUGGAAGGUGUUGCUAAAUUGGUGAAGGAAAACGUCGUGCAUCGGGAUAUCAAAAGCGACAAUAUUUUACUGCGUAAAUCAGAAGAUGGUCAGAUGCUGCGCGCGGUCAUCUCCGAUUUCGGCUGCAGUUUGCGAUCCUUGCGCCUGCAUUACACGACUUCGCGCAUUUCCCGCGGAGGAAAUCGUGCGCUCAUGCCACCUGAGGUGAUUAACGCUCAGCCGGGUUUACUGAGCAUCAUCGAUUAUAGUCGGGCCGAUUUGUGGUCCAUCGGGACGAUUGCCUACGAGAUCUUCGCCGGCUAUAAUCCCUUCUUCGAAGGCGAAGUCAAGCUGAACUCCGCCAGCUACGACGAAGCGGCUCUUCCCGAUUUAGACGAUGAACCGUUGAACAAUUUGAUCCAGGCCAUUUUGCGUCGCGAUCCCUACAAGCGUCCAUCACCGGCCGUGGCGGCCACCGCCUGCCAGAUGCUGUUGUGGGAUUUCCCGCUGGAUGAGAUGGGCGUGGAGGGGCCGCGGGUGGAGACGGUGCGGGUGUGGAUCAUGCAGUUGUGUGUGCAGUUGAUCUGCGGAUGCCGCGGGAAUGCCUUGAAACGCGCCCUACUGGCCACCUUCCUUAAACGUUGCAAUGUCACGGAGAUCGUGCAGGCCGGACAGGUCCUCAUCGGACAGCGAUAAACGGGGAGAAUUUUUUGAAUUUUUGGUUUGAUUUCUGGAUAGUAAGGUAAAUGCGGAAUUUUCUGUCGCAUAAGUGGAAUAAUUCUCAGUCGAAAUUAGUAGUGGAAAAGCAGAGAUCUCGUGAGCGCUGUAGUACAAAAAUUUUAAUAUUUGAAAAAAUAAACUCGUACAAAAGUUUGUCGAUAUUGUUUAGGUGUCUUUUACUGGCGUUUUUGUAUAUAAAAGUUUUAUUUCUUUGGUUUUUGGUAAUCUUCUGCUGAUCGGGUAUCAGAGAUUGAAUUUGCAUGAUGGACAACAUGAUUAUGAAGGUUGGCAGUUGAAUUGAUGUGAAAUUAAAAGGCGCUCUAAAUUAUGAAAUAAAUUUAUCUGCAACCUGGG